UGCGCCUGCUCAAUUGCAUUGCGCAUGUUGCGGAAGGAGAAGGGGUUCCCUCCUAACAAUUUAUAGAAAUUCUUGUUCAAACAUACUGAAAAAACAGAAGAAAUAUGAUGGCUACACCUGUCAAAGAAAACAACAGGCUACGGGCCUACAAGAACAAGGACAAAGAUUUACAAGAGAUGAGGAGACGCCGAGAAGAGGAAGGCGUGCAACUUCGCAAGCAAAAAAGAGAGGAACAGUUGUUUAAAAGAAGAAAUGUAACAGACCAAGAUGAAAUGUUUAUACAAGAUCCAAUCAUAUCUAGCACAGGAACGCCUACAAUAACAGCAGAAAUGGUGUCUGAUAUUAUGUCUGAAAAUCAGGAACUCCAACUGAAAGCUACACAGAAAUUUCGAAAACUUUUGUCAAAAGAGCCAAAUCCACCAAUAGAUGAGGUCAUUCAAACAGGAAUUAUUCCCCGGUUUGUCGAAUUUUUACAACAGGAAGGUGAAGCUAUGUAUACACUACAGUUCGAAGCAGCGUGGGCAUUAACAAACAUCGCAUCCGGUACAUCACUUCAAACGAGAACAGUAAUAGAAGCAGGAGCUGUACCCAUUUUUAUUAUGCUCCUAAAAGCACAAAAUGAAGAUGUACAAGAACAAGCUGUUUGGGCACUAGGCAAUAUUGCAGGCGACAGCCCAGAUUGUAGGGACUAUGUUUUGGAUUGUGCCAUAUUGCCACCCUUACUUUCGUUACUUGCUCAAUCAACUAGAAUAUCCAUGACAAGGAAUGCGGUGUGGGCUCUGUCUAAUCUAUGCCGGGGGAAGAAUCCAGCACCAGAAUUUGAAAAGGUAUCACCAUGCUUACCUGUCCUGUCAAGGCUUCUGUUUAGUUCAGACCAAGAUGUUCUAGCUGACGCCUGUUGGGCUUUGUCUUACCUGUCUGAUGGGCCUAACGAGAAGAUACAAGCUGUCAUUGACAGUGGUGUGUGUCGCAGAUUGGUAGAACUACUAAUGCACACAUCCCAAAGUGUUGUGUCUGCAGCGUUACGAGCCGUUGGGAACGUUGUCACAGGAGAUGAUGUACAAACACAGGUGAUCUUGAAUUGUUCUGCAUUAGCAAGUCUCCUGCAUUUACUUAGCAACCCUAAAGAAUCAAUCCGCAAGGAAGCUUGCUGGACAAUCUCCAAUAUCACAGCUGGCAACCGGCAGCAAAUCCAGGAAGUCAUUGAUGCUAAUAUUAUUCCAAUGCUAAUUGAGAUUCUUGGGAAAGCAGAGUUCAAGACCAGGAAAGAGGCAGCUUGGGCAAUAACUAAUGCAACGUCGGGUGGAACACCGGAGCAGAUACGGUUUAUUAUACAUGAGGGCUGUGUGCGACCUCUGUGUGAUUUGCUAACAGUAAUGGACAACAAGAUUGUACAAGUUGCAUUGAACGGUUUAGAAAAUAUACUAAAGCUUGGAGAGCAAGAAGCUAAGCAGCGCGACAAUGGCAUCAACCCGUACGCUGAAAUGAUAGAAGAAUGCUUUGGUCUUGACAAGAUUGAGUUUUUGCAAAGCCAUGAAAACCAUGAUAUCUACCUAAAGGCCGCCUUCAUUAUAGAACACUACUUCGGAACGGAGGAAGAAGACGACAAAGUUACCCCUCAAGUUGACCCAGAAUCGCAAGAAUACCAGUUUGGAACCCAAGACAAUGUUCCAAUGCAGGGCUUUCAAUUCUGAAGCGCCACCAGUGUGAACUUGAAUCCUUUCAAAACAUUACCCUUUAUCUUAACUGAUAUGAGGUACCCUAACAGUUGUGAGUAGAACAUAACUAAAUGUUUUAAGUAUUUGUAUAAUUUUCAUUGGCUAACUCAUACACAUAUCAUGUUUAAAAUAUCUUAGCAUCGCAGGAUAUUGAUAUUUAUUGUCAUGAAGGCAUGAUAAUAUUUUCUAUUUUUUUACUCAUCUGUAACAGAAAAAAUUAGCCUUGGUUCCAUUACACAGCAAUAUUACAUGUAAAUAGACAACAGCUAUAUUCAUAGUACAUAAUAUUCAAAUUUAUUGAAGAAGAUAAAGAAAUUACCAAGUCAAAAUUUAUGUUAUUGUAUUUUGUUAUCAAAUUAAUAUUCAAAUGUUUUGUUCCUAUGGUUACAAAAUUGCCUUGAUGUUGAAACUUUAGGGGUGGACGCAUCAAUAUUAAUUAAUUUUUUUUUAUUGAAGACUUCCCAGUACAUUUUUGGAAAAUAUACUCACAGAAGAAGUGCAAGAUAUAAUGGAAGUGUGGUUCAUAAAUUGGAAUACACACAUAUUAUUACAAAUUUCUUUCCAUGAAAAUGGUUCUAUAAUGUAGUAUUUUGAAAUACCAGCUAUCCCUCGUGUUAACCUAUUAAAAGUUGACUUUAAUCAAAGCUAUAAAAAAAUACAAGCUAUGAUAUGUACUAAGUCAAAUAAAUAUCAAAGUAGUGUAUAUAUACAUAUACAUACAUUUACAAAUAAUUCAUUUACUGAAAUUAAAGCUAUUUGUUUUUUCCAAAAAUAAUAUACAAAUCUGUAUAUAUAAAGAGUUAUUUUAUCAUUGUAGUUUGGACAAAACAUGAAGUCUUCAUGAAGAGAAAACUAUUUAUUUUAUUGCAUUUAUUCCAUUUUUCACCCACCAAAUAUUCCACCACAUGCAUUUGAUGGGUAGCGGCCAAAAAUUUGGUUGGAAAAUGUACAAAAAUAAUGAAAGCAAAUAUAGAAAUAUUUUGAUUGGUGAGAAUGCAUUUGGGUAAAGGAUAAAAAAUAUACAAAAAGCCAAAAUGCAACUGAAUGUAUAGAUAUACUUAACUACUACAAAGCUUUUACAAUGCAUGAUCAUAUUAAAUCUGGUAAAAUCGUGUAAACUCCGGUAUCGAAAAAAACCAGUAAUUUUUAUUAAUUUUGUAUCAGAAAAAUAUGAAAUUUAUCAAAUAGUUUACAGGUAUUCAAAUGUUAUAUUCUAGUUUAUGAAAUUCCUUUUCUUUUAAAGAAAGUAUUUAUUUGUUAUUUGAUAUUAAAAUUUUUAAAAAGGGCUUACAUUGGUUUCUCAGUCCCUGUUUGUGUUUUAACUAAAUGUAUUACAAAUUUAAAUUCUGCAAAUCUGGAUUAAUGUCAUAUUCGAGGUUCUCUUGUUAUGUGGUUUAAUAUUCUUUGGUAUUGAUUUUUUAAAUGUAAAUAUUACAUGCAUAGGGAGAUGGGAUGUACAAAUACCUUUAUCAUUAAAAUCCAGUCCAACUGGUAAAUGCUUGGGUUAAAUUUUUUAAAAUUUAAAGAUAUAAACCUAUUAGUUUGAAAUAACCUCAAAAUUCAUAGUAAUUAUACUGUAUCCAUUUAGAAUAGUAACAAUAAGUCCUAUGUUUAUUUAUGCAUGCAAUGGAUGUUAUAGAAAACAAUUCUAGGGUCACUUAUUUUGCCAAAAAAUUAUCUUCUCUUGUUCAAAUUCUUAGAAAGAACUACAUUCAUUUAAUUGCUGAGUUUUUUAAACAGUACUUUUAAAUGCAUGUUUUCUUAGAUUUACCAAACUACUACCCAAGAUUUAUUAGCAGGAAACCAUUGCAAUUGAAGCCUAAUUCUGUUGUUUGGUGUUUUUUAAAAAUUCCUAGCUAGAUGUUCUUUAGUUGUAGUACAGGUAGUUACUUAUAUCAGGGUUUUGCAGUCUUGAAAAUUCAUGGGAUGUAAUUAAUAACUUUCUUUUCCAUGACUACAGUAUUCAUGGAAAACACUACGCAAAAUUUAUGGAAAUAUCAUGAAAAUAUUUUAUCAAAGGAAAAAAAAUGUCUGAAAUUUCUUGUCAUUACAAACGUCAUUAUUGUUAAUGACCAUAAUGAAAUCAUAGGGUACAAUAUAUGAUAUUGGGAUUGGUAUAAACAAAAUUGUUAUGCAAGAACCCUGGUAUACUUACUGAUCUAUUUUUAAAAUACACUGUUAUACUUCCAUCAUUUCGUUGGAUUUGGAGAAUGUAGAAAUGUUUCCAUGUUACCUUUAUUGAAUGAGAAUAACGUGUCUAAACCAUGUAUUGAAUAUUUAAUAUUUAGAUUAGAACAUGGAACUAUUAUAUAGCAACAUUUACUACUAUAUGAUUACUACAGUGUUGUUCCUCAUUAAUUAAUAGGUGUAUUAAUUAUUCUGUUAUAGUAGUAAGGAGGGGGUUUUGUAAGUUUAAGAACCCUCUCCUAGUAGGAUUGUUGUGCCUUUUGUUUGUUUUUAUGAUAGCUUUCUCGCAAGAAUUUUGCUAAAUUUUCUUUCUAUUGGUGUUAUGUAACCAUGAUAGUUUUUUUAUAUGAAUAUUAGAGUGCCAACUUUCAUGUAUUGUGAUUCUCUAAAUUGAAAUCCUAAUCCAUAACCACAGAAUUAUAAUAAUACCUUCCAAAGGUUUUAA